CCCCAUAUAAGUCUCACUCUUCUGGAGGCGGACCGGUGUUUCCAUCUCUCCUUUGGGCGGGGCGAGAGCGGAGGCUUAUCCAGGACUAGGGUUAGGGUUUCGUCUCUCUUUUCGGUUCUCGCGCAGAACAAAGACGAGACUCGGAUGGAGGAGAUCACGGAGGGCGUGAACAACGUCCACAUCACCGCCGCUGAUGCCCACAAGAGCAACCGCAUACAGGUGUCGAACACUAAGAAGCCCCUCUUCUUCUACGUCAACCUCGCCAAGAGGUAUAUGCAGCAACACGAUGAAGUUGAACUAUCAGCUCUUGGAAUGGCAAUUGCAACUGUCGUCACCAUUGCGGAAAUUCUGAAAAACAAUGGUCUUGCCAUCGAGAAAAAGAUUACCACAUCAACUGUUGACGUGAAGGAUGAGUCUAGGGGUCGACCCAUCCAAAAAGCAAAGAUUGAGAUAUUGUUGGGGAAGACAGAAAAGUUUGAGGAAUUGAUGGCUGCUGCAGCUGAGGAAAGGGACGUUGGAAAUGGCGAGGAGCAAAACUGAAAAGCAUAGCGGUGUUGUCGGUUAUCAGUCCUUUUUAUAUUAUUAGAAUUUGAAUCAUCAGAAGCCAUGCUUUCUCUUCGGUUUGUGAUUUUGGUGAUUGAAAUUUAAGUCGAGUUCUUUUGUUUCUUGAGGUUGACAUCAUAAAUCUUUAAGUUGCUGGAUUAACCUAGGAGGCUUCAUUGCACACAUAUUUGUGCUUCA